AUGCCCACACAACCCCCACUACCACCCCUCCUCACACCUUAUGUAUCCUCUCUCCCGCAAUCCUCACUCACCCUCCUUUCUUCAGUCCUCGGCGCAACAGGGAACUGGCUGGUCCUAAGGUAUCUCUACGCCGCGCUAAGCGCAUCUACAAAUACCACUUUCGGCGCAGACGGUCUCGACAAUGGCAAGAAACGCAAGGUCGUGCUCGUGAGUUUCUUGCGGAGUUGGGACUUUUGGAGGUCUGAGGCGAAGAGAUUGGGUCUGGAUCUUGCGCGACUUUCAGACAAGGGCCAAUUCGCGUUCGUGGAUGGAUUAUCGGAGCUUUUUUACACCCCGCAGACGCACACAGCGGCGCCAAUAGUACUACCAGCGCCAGCACCGUUCGCAGCAGCAGGCCGCCCUAUUCCACCUCGGACGGCAUUGCCUGUUCGCGAACCGCCUGGGACUUCUGCGCCUGCGCCUACUCCUGCAGUACCGGGUGGUUGUCUGAAUAGAGUCACGACGGAAGCCGGACCUGGACCUGCGAAGCGACUGCACCUGAUAGGCCAAGGGACUUCGGCGCUCGAUGCAUUAGAGAAGGAUAUCUUGGACGUGGUCAGCCAACUGAAGGCUACGGGGGCAGAGAACGAUAGCGAGGAAGCGGAGGUGUUGCUGAUCGUCGACCAACCCGACUUGCUACUUGCUGCUACGGGUCCAAGCAAAGGGAUAGGAGCUACGGAAACGGGCGACUGGGUUAUGGGACUACAACAGCACUCGCAUGCGACGAUCGUGGCUGUUUCUGCCGAUUCGCCGCUGAUACAUAAUGCAUCCGAAUUCGUCAAUCACCCAGCGACUCCGCUGGAGAAGGAGCAUGCCGCGUUCGCCGUGGGAUUGGCGCAUAGGGCUCAGAUGGUCGUGCAGCUCCGGAACUUGGAAACCGGUGCCGCUCGGGAUGUCAGUGGUGUGCUGAGGGCAAGCAAGGGUGGCGCUUGGAGUGACGAUGGUAGCACUGAUGCUGAAACCAAGUGGGAGGAGAAAGAAGUGUUGUACUUCAUCCAGCGGGACGGAAGUGUAAAUGUCUUCGGAAGGGGUGAAUAG